UUCCCACCCCACACCUUCUCUCCUCGCUCUCUCUCUCUCUUCCUCUCUCGCUUCGCUUUUCUCCCCCAAAUCGGAUCGAACAAAAUUCGUAAAUUAAUCUCAUAAAAACACACACGAAGCGAACGGAUUCGAAGAGAGCUUAACACGAGACGGCUUCGAUCGAUCCCGUUUUGGGGAGCUAAUCGUGUGGUUUUUGUUGGAUUGUUUUUUUUGGGUGUUAAUCUAGGGUUAGGGUUUCGGAUCUGGACGAUUAGUCCCCAAAUCCAUCCAUGAAUGACCCCAUGAUGCGGCCACCGGCGCAGCAGCCGCCGCUGCAGUACCAGAUGUGGCCGCCGCCGCCGCCGCCGGUGAUGGAGUUGCCGGUGGUGUUCGUCGGGGUGAAGCCGGUGAGGCCGGCGUGGAAGCGGGUGGCGAGGCAGCCGGGGUGGAAGCAGCGGAAGGCGGCGGCGUCGGCGGCGGCGGUGGGGGCGAGGUGGGGCGGUGCGGCGGCGCCCCGCAACACGACGUCGUACCUGAUCCGGGCCAAGCGGGCGGGGGGCGUGGCGUCGCUGGUGUCGCCGUGCCCCGUCACGCCGGCCGUGCUGCCGACGCCGCAGCUGUCGCCGGCGCGCGAGGUGGUGGUGGAGAUGGCCAAGGAGAAGUGGGGCGUCGACGGGUACGGCUCCAUGAAGGGCCUCAUCCGCCUCCGCUCCCAGGCCGCCGACGCCGGUGGCCUCCCCGGCGAGGACUCCGGAUCCGGCGAGAGCGACGUGGAGGAGCACGUCGAGGUGGAGCGCCGCCUCGACCACGACCUCAGCCGCUUCGAGAUGGUGCAGCUCCCCGUCGCGGCCGGCGACUGCGAGGACGACGAAGACGACGACGACGGCGACGAGGCCCGCACCGCGCGGCUGGAGGAGGAGAACCUGACCCUGCGCGAGCGGCUGUUCCUGAUGGAGCGCGACAUGGACGACCUCCGCCGCCGCCUCCUCGCCGUGGAAACCCUCUGCCGCGACCGCCACCGCGACGGCUGCGUGGUGGACGCUGCCGGCGUCGUCGCCGAGGAGACGGUGCUCUCCGAGAGCGUCGCCGGCGCCGACCUCGCCGGAGUCGGAGACGACGACGGUGACACGGCGGCGGACGCCAUGAAAGCGUGAAGCAGACAAGGGCUUGUACUACUCAACUGUACAUAGGUUUCCGGGUUUCCCCUGUGCAGAUGUUGAUGUGAAGAGUAGGCAGAAGCAGCUUUAGCUUAGAAAUUACUCUUCUUCUUUGCAUCCUUCCUGUGGUUUAAUCUUGAUUUUUGUUAUUACUUGUUUAGCAGCAGCUUGAUCAUCUCUUUGUAGUACUAGUUCGGUUCCAUUUCUUCUUGUAGAAUCAAAUCAGCCAAUGGAUGAUGAUGAUGAUGAAAUUGGGUAGGCAGGCAAGAACACAAGAUGUGGGUGUUCUUCUUCUGCUCCUGUAGAUCCCUCAUCAACUACUCUCCUAGUCUCCUAGAUAGAUAGACUAUUAUCUUAGAGUAUGAUGUUAGUACCAAAAGAUAUUCAGUAACCUGCUCGGUGUAUGCUAUGAAUUUCAAAUCCAAAGUGUUUGUUUAGUUUGUUCA